CAGCUGGAAUGGCGGAGUGAGCGCGAGAGGAGCCGAGAGGAGCUAUCGCAGAGAAGUGGAUUCCCGCAGAGCUCGGAGGAAAAAGUUUAUGGCUACAGACAUUGUGGAUUGUUGGUUAGACAAGUCAGAGACUGUGGGCCAGCGUGGAAAUAGCAAAUGUCGACCUGAAGUUUGCUGUGUGGAAGUUUGUGGAAGUUUGCUGCUCGUUGGUGAAGUGAGUAGCUAAUGACUGAGCGACCGGACGGUAAGCGGCUAGUAGCUAACCUAGCUUCAAGACAGCUGCCCUGUCUGGACAUUUUGUGGGCCUGGAAAAGAGACAGCAUCCAAGCACCCGUGGCUCCUCUAGCGGAGGUGAAGUCCAUCUUAUUCUGCAGUGAUCCCGGAGAGCUUCUGCUCUGCUCUGGAGUUGAGGCCUGCUGGCUAGCUUCCUCGUGUCUUUCAAAAAGAGAGACAAACCUUUAAGAGACAGAGGAAGAGGAAGAGAGAGGAAGAUCAGAGCUUCUUUCAAAGCCUUUGAUGAAACUUCUGCUCACAUCCUGCAGCUGGUUAACCCUCAAAGAUCAGAGAACAUGGAAGAAGCAGAGCAGAAAUUCAUCACAGCUGAGUCUGGACAGAACGUCACUCUGGCGUGUCUGGUUCCAACAACCAGCACAAUCAGAGUGGUAAAGUGGAGCAGAGCUGACCGGGGGAACCAGUAUGUGCUUUUGUAUCAGGAUGGUCUGUUUGUUCCAGAUGAUCAAGAUCCAUCCUUUAAGAACCGGGUGGAGCUGCGGGACAGACAGAUGAAGGAUGGAGACGUGUCUGUGAUCCUGAAGAACGUGACGAUUAAUGACGCUGGAACAUAUGAAUGUCGGGUCUUCACAGAAGAAACACGCACACUGAAAUUAAUCAUAAACAUCACCCUGAGAGUUGUUGCUCCUCCUCCAGGUCCAUCCAGAGGAGCACCUGUUAAACUGAUCUGUGGUCUGGGAGUUGCUGCUGUGCUUUUUGUUGCUGUUGUUUCUGGUGGUAUUCUGAUCUACAGGAAAUAUAUCCAAAAUCAAAAACCAAACAGAUGAACUGUGAGUGUCCUGCUGCUCUUCAGGACAAAUACUGACGUUUACACUUCUGUCUAAGGAUAAAGAGCAUAACAUAAAAAUCAAGAGUCCGCGUUAAUUUCGAUUAAUUAAUUACAGAGAAAAUAACAAAUUAAAAAUGUUAACGCAUUUUAAUCGCACUUUGCACCGUGGAACAUUUCUCAGUGCACGAGUUCCCGGCAUACAGAUUAAA